CAGUUCCGUUCUCCUUGAAGCCCUUCGCCCCCUUGUCAUUUCCGUAACGAGAUUCGGACUGAUCGCUUUGGUUCUUGCGGUUUUUGUUUUGUAAUAUAUAUAUAUCUUAAAUGCUGGCUGAUCUUUGAUCCCGCCCAGAACGUUUAAGGUUUGCUUGGCGAAGCUAUAUAAUAUUGGUAGUAUCUGCGAGGCUAAAAAUAAUGGAGACUGAACAGCAAGAAGAGACCUUCACUAAUACAGAAACUAAUGGCAAACGUCCAGCUGAAGAUAUUGAAGAGGAACAGGCCUUCAAAAGAUCAAGGAACACGGAUGAGAUGGUGGAACUACGCAUUCUGCUUCAGAGCAAAAAUGCUGGAGCAGUGAUUGGCAAAGGUGGCAAAAACAUUAAGGCACUUCGUACAGACUACAAUGCCAGUGUUUCAGUCCCAGACAGCAGUGGCCCCGAGCGCAUACUGAGUAUAAGUGCAGAUAUCGAAACAAUUGGAGAAAUCUUGAAGAAAAUUAUCCCUACUUUGGAAGAGUAUCAACAUUACAAGGGAAGUGACUUCGACUGUGAGUUAAGGCUGUUGAUUCACCAGAGUUUGGCUGGAGGAAUUAUUGGUGUCAAGGGUGCUAAAAUCAAAGAACUCAGAGAGAACACUCAAACCACCAUUAAGCUUUUCCAAGAGUGCUGUCCACAUUCUUCUGACAGAGUGGUGCUAAUUGGUGGAAAGCCUGAUAGAGUUGUGGAAUGCAUCAAAAUAAUAUUGGAUCUUAUAUCAGAGUCACCAAUCAAAGGACGUGCACAGCCUUAUGAUCCAAACUUUUAUGAUGAAACGUACGACUAUGGUGGAUUUACAAUGAUGUUUGAUGACAGAAGGGGGCGUCCUGUGGGAUUUCCAAUGCGUGGCAGAGGAGGCUUUGAUCGAAUGCCUCCAGGUCGUGGUCGUCCAAUGCCUCCACGAAGAGAUUAUGAUGACAUGAGCCCUCGCAGAGGACCUCCUCCCCCUCCUCCAGGCCGUGGUGGUAGAGGUGGCAGCAGAGCUCGCAAUCUUCCUCUUCCUCCCCCUCCUCCUCCCAGAGGCGGGGACCUUAUGUCUUAUGACCGAAGGGGCAGACCUGGCGAUCGCUACGAUGGAAUGAUGAUGCAAUGUCAUGUCAAUGCUUGCGAUGACAUAGAAACGCCAGAAAUGUUCGAGGGUGGAUCAGGAUAUGACUAUUCUUAUGCAGGGGGUCGUGGCUCUUACGGUGAUCUUGGUGGACCCAUAAUUACAACACAAGUAACAAUACCCAAAGAUCUGGCUGGUUCCAUUAUUGGAAAAGGAGGCCAGAGGAUCAAACAGAUACGCCAUGAAUCAGGAGCUUCAAUCAAAAUUGAUGAACCCUUAGAGGGCUCAGAAGAUCGGAUAAUAACUAUCACAGGCACACAGGACCAGAUUCAAAAUGCACAGUAUUUACUGCAAAACAGUGUGAAGCAGUAUGCAGAUGUUGAAGGAUUCUAAUGCAAGAUAUUUUUUCUUUUUUAUAGUGUGAAGCAGUAUUCUGGAAAGUUUUUCUAAGACUAGUGAAGAACUGAAGGAGUCCUGCAUCUUUUUUUUUUCUUAAAUCUGCUUCUGUUUAAAAAGCCAACAUUCCUCUGCUUCAUAGGUGUUCUGCAUUUGAGGUGUAGUGAAUUUUUUUUUUGCUGUCACCAGAUGUAAUGUUUUUAGUUCUCUACAUAUAGGUGGGUGGGAGUGGGGUGGCUUGCAAAACUAACAUUGGUAUUUUGAAACAGCAGCAGAGAAGGUGGAUUUUAUUUUUGUUCUAUGUUGGUUGUAAACUGUAAUGUUUUUUCUGUCACUUGUGAACCAUCUGCUUUAUACCUUUUUUGUUUUGAAGAGGGAGAAGAGUACUGGUAGUUCACUUACCUAUCCCUGGCAUCCAUUCAAAGCAGUGUGCAGAAUGUAAUGCUCUUUUGUAAGAUGUUUUAUGAUUUUAAAAAUAAAUUUAGUGAACCAAUUCUUGCAGUCAUUUUUUUAAUGCAUACUUCUGUAGCUAAAAUACACUUUCUACACCAUUAAUUGAGCUUGGCUUUUUCCCUAUACCAGAGAAGCAGAACACCCAAUUUCAUUGUUUUUGCAAAUUGGGAGUAUUGAUAAUGCACUGACUCCAAAGUUUGAUGUGUGAAGAAACUGAAAAAUAUUGAAACAGUUUUGCGUUCUUGUUACUCCAAAUGUAUGCCCCUAAUUAUUGUACUGCAACUUGUUGGUUUGAAUAAAAUUUCACAAAACUUGGUUUGUCAUGGAAUAGCAAUUAACUGUAGAGGCUAUUGGAAUUUUAGUCAUUUCUAGCAUUGGCAAUCUUGCCCAUAUCCAACUGUAACUUGUUUAAAAUGUUUCUAUUGUAUAAAAACUGAAUGACAAAACAAUUGUAUCUCACUGUUUGAGUUGCAUAGAAAAUGUGUGUGGAAUCAAAAGAACCUGGAUAUUUUCAUGUAAAAAUCUCAGCAUUUGUAUUAAUAGUUUACAAGUUUAUUUGUCUCGAAUAAACAUUGUAAUAACAUCCA